GAGAUCCUUCACUCUUCACUCUUGUUUUUUUUCCCCCCCCCCCUCUUCCUUUCCUAUUCACCAUGUCGACUGCACGCGUCGCGAUGAACCGCCAGGGUGUGGAAGACGCCUACGCCGAGCCCAUGAACUUCCUCGAGAUUGACGUGCUCGAUCCCCAGACCCACGGCCUCGGUCGGGCGCGCUACACGGACUACGAGAUUCGGCUGCGCACCAACUUGCCCGUCUUCAAGGUGCAGGAGGCCGUCGUCCGCCGCCGAUACAGCGACUUUGAGUGGCUGAAGAACGAGCUCGAACGCGACAGCAAAAUCCUCGUCCCUGCGCUCCCGGGCAAGGCCAUCAUGAAGCAGUUGCCGCUAUUGACAAAGGACGAAGGCAUCUUUGAGGAUGCGUUCAUCGAGGAACGCCGCAAGGGUCUCGAAGUUUUCAUCAACAAAAUCGCUGGCCAUCCGCUUGCUCAGAACGAACGAUGCCUCCACAUGUUCCUCGUUGACCGCCGUAUUGACCGAAACUAUACCCCUGGCAAGAUCCGCUAAAUGACUCGAGCGUUUCUUUCUUGAAUCUGGUCGCCCUCUGCUGUUCGCCGGUUCAAUGGCGGAAGGAAAAAACAAAAAAAGCGGCCAAUUUUUUUUCUUUCUUCAUACUUUUGUUUUUGUUUGUUUGUGUUUUAUGUUCUGUUGUUUCAAUGUUCGCUGUGCCUCGUUGUUUUUGGUUUUCUUUCGGCCUUCCACAUGCCAUCUCCCCUCGCGCUGGGCUGAUCCUCAACGCGCAUGUCCAUUGUCUCGGUUUGUCACUCACCAGUCGAUUGUCAAACGCCCGCGCUGAUUAUCUCGCCAUCAAAAUUCAAGCGUCGCGUUUUCAUUGAUUGGUUGUGUUUUGUGUGUGUGUGUGCGUCGGGGUACUGGUGUCGGGAAGAAGUCGCUGUUUGUCUGCUGUUUGUUUGGUUGUUUGCUUGCUUUUGUUGUUUCGACUUGUCGUUCAAUGGAUCAGUUGAAUGUC